AUACGUCUUUCUUGCUACAUUCUUAUGACUUUUGUAUUAUAUUUGUAACUAACUCCAUUCUAUCACUCGACUCAUGGGCCUCUAAGUGCAACUUCUUGUUUCCUCCAUCCUCCACUCUCUUUAUUCUUUAACCCAAAAUGGCCCUUUCUCCAUGAAUCUCUGCUCUUACCGGUUCUAAUAGAUAAGAUAAAAAAACUGAGCAAUUGUGGAAAGUGUGAAGAGCCUAAUUCAAUCUCCAAUUAUAUAUUCCUUCCACCAUUAUCGUUAUCACUAUCAUUACCAUCACCAUCUACUAAUUACUAAUCAUCCUGUGCUUUUUCUUUAUUAUAUAUUUAUCUGUAAUCACUAUAAUCUUAAUGAAUACCCAUUCUCUUUCAAACAGCACGAACUAAUAAUGGGCUAUAAUAUCAACUCUCUUCUCAACUCUUCUAAAUCAAAAAUUUCCUCAAAUUCCUCUCUAGACAUAUUAACUUCUGAAAACCAUUCAAUUCUCAACCUAUCUGAUGAAUCUUCUCCUUUACUAGCGAAUUCGAACAGUCGUUUUGAUAGUGUUCCUUCAAAAGAUAAUGGCAAUGAUAACGACAACAACGCGUUAGAUAAAGAUAUUCAAAAUCAACCAAAAAUAUACUUACUCUGUAUCACUUUAUUCAUCUUUUAUUUUGGUUUUGGCUUAUCCUUAUCUCCAAGAGUCGCAUUAUUAUUAAAUAAAAUUUGCGAAUCUUUAUCUCUAGAUCCAUCUUUCAUUCCAUCCUACUUAUUUUCUUCUUUUCCCUUUUUUUCUCCCUCUUUUUCUUCCUCUUUGUUUUUUAACUCCUCUUUAGAAUCACAAUGCAAUACAAAAGAUGCCCAAGUUCUCGUAUCAAGACUAGAAUCAGUAAUUAACAUCCUCAUGGCUUCCUCUACUGUCAUAAUUUCCGGAAAAUUUGGUCAUUUAUCUGAUAAAUUCGGUAGAAAACCUCUUAUCUUAUUCAAUUUGUUCAUGGCUAUUCUCUCAAAAUUCCUAGUAAUUUACAACUUAUUACCAAUCGAUUUCAAUCAAUUUGAUGAUACAAACCCCUUGAGUCUUUUCAAUGGCUCAACAUUCAAUUCCUUCUUCUACAUCUUUGCUAAAGUAUUCGAAUGCUUUGGUGGCGGCUUACUAUUCCUUCUAUCUUUAUCUUCAAGCUACAUAACAGACUUGGUAUCCGAGAAAAGUAGAACUUUUAACCUAAGUUUACUAGGUGGUUCCUUUUAUAGUGGUUUGGCUUUUGGCCCCUUGGUGGGUUCAUUAAUUGUAAGAUACUUGAAUUCGGUUUCUUCAAUCGACCAAAUCAAUAAUAACUUCUUGCCUUGUUAUAUCGAUAUCUUUUUCAGUAUCUUGAGUUUUUCCCUCAUAUUCCUAUUAAUCCCAGAAUCAAAUCCUUAUUUUCUUAAAAAUAAGCCAAUUUCUAACAACAACAACAACAACCUUAAUGAUACCACAAUUACCACUAAUAAUAACACUGAAAAAGCAUCAUUAUAUGAAUCAAUUAUCAAAACUUUCAACAUCUUCAAACCUCUUAAACUUUUAUGGAUCGAUAAAUUUCAAAACUCUCUUAACCCAAGAAUUAACGUCAUUUUGCUAAUUAUAAUCGAUAUCUUAAUCAUAAGCUGCGGGACUUCUCCAAUGCCCUUUAUAAUGUUUUAUACAUCAUAUAAACUACAUUGGACCUCAAUCGAAAUUGGCUAUUUUGUUUCAAUCACAGGGUUUUCAAGGGCUAUUAUCCUACUAUUUUUUACUCCCUUUUAUUUAUCCUUUUUGAAAAAAAUCCUAAAUUUUAAAGUAAACACAAACAAAAUCGACAAUAUUGACAAAUUCACAAUCACAAUUUGCUUGGUUUUUGAAACCGUUGCCGUUUCUUUAAUGCUACUAAACAAAACAAAAUUCUUCUACUUAUCGGCUCUAAUCAAUGGUAUUGGUGCUCUAACCACACCCACUAUUCAAUCAGCUAUCGUCAAAUAUGCCAUCCUAUCAAGGAAAAAUAAGGAAAAAAUUGGUGAGAUUUUCAGUGCAAUGACUUUAAUCAGAGGAAUAGUUUCCAUUGUUAUGCCUAGCACUUAUUUGUAUAUCUACUCGAUUACUGUUAAAUUUAACCCCAAGUUUUGCUUUUAUAUUAUGCUCACCUUCAUUACAACUGCUUUCGUCCUAUCUCUCUUUUUGAAGGAAGGCUCGAAAAACUACCAUGAUGAUUCUGCUGAAGACUUUGAUAACCAGAUCAACAUCAUUGAAGAAACCACUCAAAACACACUGCUCUUGAAUAACCAAGAGAUUAACGUUUAGCAUUCAACGUUUUGCUAAACAACCCAUUCACUCGUUGCUCUGUUAUUGACUUAUCUUAGACUGCAUUCUUCUGGAGGACUGUAGUUUCUUACAACUUUUUCUUUUGCUAUUUUUCAAACGUUUAUUUAUUAUGAUAUAUACUUCUAUUUAUGUCUAUAAAUCUAUACACUA